ACUAAUAAUUUAGUUAGUCUAUGGUUCAUGAAUUAGCUUCUCGUAACGUGCUGCUAGUUUUCUUUCUAAUUUGUUUGGAAAUAAACAAUUAAAAGUGAUUAAUUAUAAUUCUGUGUAAUAUUUUGUGCAUUGUAAAAGGAGGAAAAUGAUUAUUGACAGUUAUAAAUGUAGUGCCAAGCUGGAACGACGCUUUUGAUAUCACCGUUCUUCGCUCAGCGAAGUGACGCCAUUUUACGGGAAUGAUCAGCCCGCGGCUGCCUCAUAAUACGCCUGAUGUGAGGAUUGCUCUUACUAAACGGAUGCAUGGAAACAAAUCUUUCUUGCUGUACUCGUACUGGACGUACGAUUUCAGAGAAAAUUAUGGAAGAUGGUAAUUUUUACAAUACGAAAGACGAAAAGACCGCCACGGCAUUAUUGGCAAAUCUGUAUAGUGAACGGGCCGCGAAAUUGACUACAAAUGGGCACGAUAAAAGAGACGAAAGCCCGAAACCUUCUUAUGACGCUUAUAACCACCACAAGCCUGUGCUUCCGACCGUUGACGACGCCAAAGACGACAGUUUAAAAAAACGUAUCAAUCCACUAAGAAUACAUCUUGGAAAGAGGCCAUUUGUAGAUAAUUCUCCACCAUAUUAUAGUUCUGUAAAGAAAAGGAAACUAUUACCAUCAAAACCCAAUAAUGAUAAUAGACCACAAGCAAAUGCAUUUCACAGAGUGCCCAAGCUUAUCCCAAAACGGGAUCGCAUCCAGUUUCAUAAUGUUUCAUCACAGGUGGGCAGCACCACUAUUGACAGUGAAAAGGACAAACCUACACCCCGUCUGGUGCCUAAAAGCCAAUUACAUCAGUUUAAAAAGGGUAAAGUUGAAAAAGGAGCCCAGUUGAAGGAAUACGCCCAGAGUUUGGGUUUACAACCAAUGGUUAAAUUCAAAUGCCGGAAAUGUUGUUCUAUCUCAUUCAAAACAUUGGCAAUGUUAAAAGAGCAUCAGUUAGUUUGCCGAGCACAGGUUAAGGAGCCUACCAUGAGUCCUGAGGCUGCUCCGGCCACCGAAAGCAAUCCUGGAGGGCAAUCUAGAGUUACUCGCAAGCUUUAUUUAUGUUCAGCUUGUGGCACCUAUUAUGAAAAUUGGAAUCUCUUUCUUCAUAUGCGAGAAGUGCACAAUAGACAUAUUUGCUUGUUUUGCCUCGGAAUGUUUUCAAAAGCAGAAAAGUUGGCAUCACACCUAACAAAUAAACAUAAUGUGCAGGAGUUCAACUAUGACAGCAAGGAUGAGUUUUUCAAUGUUUAUAAUGGGACACUGUAUUUGAUGUGUUGUAUUUGUGAUGAGAUAUGUAGUGAGCAAGAUGAUUUUUACAAUCACGACUGUAAUAAUGUAAAGCCCAAACCUGUGCCUGUUCUUGUAAGUAAGAAAUCAAACAGUGCAAAGAUGAAAAAUUGUAAUGAAAUAUUAUCAAAUGGUCCACAAACAAUAACAAAAGAAGCUAUGAAAUCACACGAUAAAUAUGCUGAAAUGAAACAUGAGACAGUUGCGUCUCAGUCACAGCCAGUAUUACCAGAUUCGAUGGAUAUUGAGCCAGCCCACAGUGAUGCAAGUAUCAGUUCUGAUAGCUCAGCAGCUCGGGAAGUCACAAGUUCAGUAGAUUGUGUCAAAGAGCCAAAUAGUUUCACUCGCCACCCAAGCCCAAUCCAUAGGAGUGAUUUUAGUCCAAGCAGUAAUAGGCAACAAUUACCAAAUGGUGAUGAAAGUUUAGAACAAUCUGAUGAUAGUAAUUCCCCCAUUCCUGAAGAAUCAAAUCAAUAUUCUAAAUAUGAAAUUUUGUCCAAGCCAGAAGAAGCUUCAUGCACUCCAGUUGAAAAAGAGGGUGGCAUUAAAUUAAAAUUAAGUUUGAACAAAGCAAAUUCACCUGUAAUAAUAAAUUCCACUGUGGACCCUACAGUAGGGCAACAGAAAGCCAAUAAACCACCUUCAAGAGUUAGACGGCCUCCAAAGAGGUAUGAAAAAGAAAAAGUUACACAACCUGCUGUACAACCAAAGCCCCCAUCAAUAAAAAUGACUAUAUGUGACAAAGCUGAUAAUUCAUUUGUCAAGACCACAAUAUAUGAAAAUGAUAAUGAGACUACAAAAAAUGUACUAAAUAACAAUUUCGAAACUCUUCCAAAGAUACAACAAACUGAACAGAAACAAGAGAAUGUUAUUAAAACUACAAUAUAUGAUAAUAAGCUAGAAGAAGACAUAAACACUUUGAACAGGGUACCUAAAUUAACAGUAAGAGUUCCAAAGGAACUACUGGAUAAGGACUCCUCUAGUGACUAUUCUUCAGAUAGUGAUGUGAGUGACAAGCUGACUGUUGAUGAAAACUCCACAGUGAAUGUGUCUGAGAGUUACAAAGUUGAUCCUGUGGAACAAGAAAUACCAGUAACAAAUGUUCCUGAACCUGAGCAACCUGCACCUUUCAACUCUGUCACACAUGACAAUGGCUCUGCUGCAGAAGAGGCAAAGCCAGUGGUAUUAGAAGACAAACUGGAAAUGAAAAUGGAACCUAAUAUUGAAAAUGAGGAAAUAGAUGUUAUGACUGAAACUAAGACGGAGGAACCAGAAAUUCCAGUGACAGAAUUGGCUCUAGAUAGACCUUUGGACAAAUAUCCACUAAAAGAUCUUUUAAAAGUAUUUGUGGCUUCUACAGCUUUCAAUUGUAUUUACUGUAAUUAUGUGCGUAAAAUUGCUGUGAAUUGUGAACAACUUGCCUUACAUAUGGUUGCUCAGCAUAGAUUUUCCGCCACUGUGGAUAGCAUAACAGCUGAAGAACUUAUGCCUGAAACUAUCACAGCAAAGUUGAAGACAGGGGCUCCAGAACUAAGAUCAAUGUUUAUAAACUUGAACUCUUAUGACAGUGAGGAGAAGAAUGAAAAUGUACAACAUGAUAACAUAUUUGAAUGUUUUCAGUGUUAUUUUAAAACUGCUGUUCAUAAAGAUCUCUAUUUACAUAAUCGAAAAAUGCAUCAAAAAACAAUAUUGUUAUGCGUUAUGUGUAAAUCCAAUUUCUAUAGUUAUAGUGAACUUUUGUGUCAUUUAUGCCCUGGAACUUAUGAUUCUGAGUAUGAAGUAAAGUUUAGGUGUUAUUUGUGCAGUGUAGACUCUAUACCAUCAUCGUUUAGGUUAAUGGUACACCUUAGAAAGAUCCACCACACUUGUGAUGUAUGUUUAGAAUUUUGCCAAAGCCAAGUUCGGUUGUCUAAUCACGUGUGGAAACAUAAACUGCACCAUUUAUGCUAUCGUUGUGGUAUAGCCUACAGGAAUAAGAGAGAUAUAACCAAUCACUUAUUUUGGAAACAUGGAACUGAAAGUGUACUGUGUAAGAGAUGUCUUCAGAAAAAAUGGCCACAUGUAUAUCACUUCUGCACUCCACCAGCAGUAUUUGUUUGUGAAGAUUGCAGUUUACAGUUUACUAAGGCAGUGUAUUUGAAAGUUCAUAAAAGGUUGCAUUCAAAUGAAUUUCCUCAUAUUUGUACUGAAGAAGGAUGUACUGAAAAGUUUGUCUCUAAGAAACUCCUCUUGAAACAUGUUGAUAACCAUAGAAAGAAACUUAUUUGUGAAGACUUGAGUGAAGAGAAACAACUACCAAAAGAUGGAUCAGAGACAUCUAAGGCACCUAUUCCUGUUAUAGAUUUGAUUGAUGAUAACCCAAAACAAGAAUCCGGUCCUUCCCAAGAAAAAGCAGAUGCUGGCACUGAGCAACUAUCUAAGAAAGCUAAGAAAAAGAAAAUGAAAGAAAAGGAUGCCUUACUAUUAGAUGUGAAUCUUCCAGCUUUAGAUCUGUCAGAGAGUGAUAGUAGUGAUGAGUCUGACAGCGGGGAAUCAAAAGUAAAGAAAGAAGAAACAAUUAAUGACAUAGCUGCUGAUGAAAAAGAAGAAAUCAUAAAAGAUCUGAAAGAAGAUAAACCUGAUAUUGAUAGACCUCUUACCCCUCAAGCUGAAGAGAAAACGGCCACUGUUGAAGAUGAAAAACCUGAUGAGAAACAAGUCCUUGAAAUUUGGGACAACUUUAAGAAAUAUCAAGCCAAGGUAGAGAAAAAAGAAAAAACUCCUCCAUUGGUUGUUAUAAGGAAACAUGUCUGUGAGUCUGAUCAUGAUUAUUGCCUUAUACCGACAGACUGGAAUGGCGAUGAAGAUUCAUUUAGUCUUGACAAAAAGAAAAAUAAGAAGUCUCCUAAAAAAAGGCAUGGUGACCUGUCAUCUUCAAGUAGUAGUAGUAGUGACAGUGAUUCAAGUUGUUCUUGUGGAUCCAAUUGUAGCUGCUCAUCUAGUAGUGGCUCCUCUUCUUCCAGCUCUUCAGACUCUGACUCCUCUGAUGAUUCAAGUAAUGAGAAGAAAAAGAAAAAAAUGAAAAAGACAUUAUCUAGUAGAAGAUUGAGCAAUGGUUCUAAUGUUGAUGUAAUGGGCAUGUCUGAGACGCCUAUAUUAAUUCCUGAAAAGGUAGAGCCUCCUAUAGCUGAGACUGAUUUGGAAACCGAAGAAAGUGAAACUGAUGAGGAGUUUUAUGAUGAAAAUCCACAGAGAAUUGCAAACAAAUUGCAUGCUGAAAAACGGAACCAAUUAAUGCUUCUAGCAUCUGUGGCCCCAUCAGAUGGCGGCUCUAUGUCCGGUGACGCAAGUCGUUGUACCACGCCAGUGAAACAGGAAGAAAAUGAACUACCAAAAGCAGAAAUGACAGAAGAAAAAGAUAAAUCUGAUGUAAAAGAGAAAACAUCAAGUAGCAAAAAGAAAAGCAAGAAGAAAAAGAAGUCAAAGAGUUCCAAAAAACAUGCACCUAUAAAAAUUAACAUUCCUAAAGAAGUUAUACCUAAAUCUGAAAUAGAAACACCUCAACAACCCUUAGUUCCAAAUAAAAUUAUGAUAUCAUUACAAUCAAACACUGUACAAUUACCAGAGCUGCCAUCUACUCCAAUCAUGCCCAGCAAUACCAGUACUCCAGUAGCCACCUCCGAAAAUAAGCGAGCGUCAAAACGGCGAAGGGUUCCAAAUAAAUUUUAUGGAUAUUCUAGCGAUGAAGAAGCCCCGUCGACUCCGAGUUUAGCAGCAUUGAAGCCACAGCAGCCACCAAAAUUAGAAUGGAGAAAGGAGGAUCUGCCAUCUCCAGUGACGCACAAAGCUAAGAAAGAGAUCCCAUCCACUGUGAUGCCUCAGAGAAUGUAUAAUUACACUGAACCCAUUAGAUUGACUACUCCCAUUGUGGAUCCAGAACCGCCGCGCAUCUUAAUGAACACAGAGUCAUCAAGUGAUUCUGAUUCAAGCACCGAGGGCAAUUUGGAGAUUUGUCAGCCUCGCAGUAUGUUCAAUAGUACGCCGAUCCCACCGCCCACCUAUCUCAACUCGGGCACUUCGAGUUUACCCUAUCCAUUCCAAAGGCCCGCCGCGCGCCAAGCGCGUGAGGGCGAAAGUGUUUACUGCUACUGCCGCUGUCCAUACGAUGAGGUAUCGGAAAUGAUCGCGUGCGACGCCGAGGGCUGCCCCAUCGAAUGGUUCCAUUUCGAGUGUGUAGGUAUCAUGGUACCGCCCAAAGGCAAGUGGUACUGCCCAGAAUGUAGGAAAAAUCAAAGUUUCUCAGGUUACAGAUAAGAUAAUACAAAUUGUAUAUACAUCUUUCUUUACUGUUAUACUCUGUAUAUAACUUAUUGAUUGUAGAUAGUUUAGCUUUACCUGUAUAUCUUUGUAGGUAGUUUGUGUAAGAUUUAGGUUAUUAGGUCUGAAAAAAUGUAUCAUUGUUAUAAAAAGUACAUGUUAUGCUUCUACCGGCUGUGCGGCCAAUUCUGUAACCUGGCAACUUGUUACUGGCAUUAAACUUCUACAGCAAAACGGAAAUAUAAAUCCGAUUUUUGAUACCAA